CGUCGCAGGAUCUCAGGCCCAAGUUCCAAAUUAUGCCCAACAAAAUCUUUCACAGCCCCACCCAAUCGGCCAAUCCACAACCGCACUCGGACUCUCUCUCUCUCUCUCCAUCGCACUCCGCGGUACAAGCAGUGAGCAAAGCCAAACCCUAGACCCGACCAACAGCCAUGGUGUGCAUACGCAAGGCGACGAUUGACGACCUCUUGGCCAUGCAAGCCUGCAACCUCUUCUGCCUUCCCGAGAACUACCAGAUGAAGUAUUACUUCUACCACAUCUUGUCAUGGCCGCAGCUCCUCUACGUGGCGGAGGACUACGGCGGCAAGAUCGUCGGCUACGUGCUGGCCAAGAUGGAGGAGGAGAGCUCCGAGUGCCACGGCCACAUCACCUCCCUCGCCGUCCUCAGGACCCACCGCAAGCUAGGGCUCGCUACCAAGCUCAUGACCGCCGCCCAAAACGCCAUGGAACAGGUGUUUGGCGCUGAUUACGUGUCGCUGCAUGUGAGGAAGAGCAAUAGGGCAGCGUUCCAUUUGUAUACGGAGACGCUCGGCUACAAGAUUCAUGACGUGGAGGCAAAAUACUAUGCGGACGGAGAGGAUGCAUAUGAUAUGCGGAAGCAGCUGAAGGGGAAGCAGUAUCAUACUCACCAGCAUCAUCAUCACCACCACCACCAUGGUGGUGGAUGUUGCUCCGGUGAGACAGUGAAGAGCGGAGAGGCGAGAGCAGAGGCUGCCGAGUGAUGGGAAGAGGUAUUUGCAUUUUGAAUUAUCUGUGGCCUGUUGUACUUUUCAUGGGCUUGUAGUUUGGAAUAUUCAUGGGUUAGCUUUAUUAUCUAGUUGGGUUUUUUUUUUUUUCCUCUUAAACAUAAUGCAUGUUAAACUGGUUUGGCAAGUUUAUGCAUAUGUGUUUUUGCACUAGAAGUUUACAUGAGUGCAAUUUUAUAAUUAUUUAUGAAUUUUCAGUUUUCUAGUGA